UCCUGUUUUUCAACCGUCACAUUUAAAUACAGAAGAAGAGCAGGUAGCGACAGCUAACCCACACAGGAACGAUGGCCGAGCCCGGCCACAGAGCCCAGCACAGGGGCCCGGAGGUCACAAGUCUGAGAGAAAUCUGUUUCCGAGCUGUCAGGAAACAUUUCUCUGCUCUGGCCACCGAGACUGUCCUCGAUCUUCCAGCGCCUCUCAUAAAGGAUCUUCUCCCUCACCUUACUAUCUGCCAACUGGAUGAACUCCAGCCUGCGCUAAAUCAGAAAGGGAUAUCCACUCACUCUGAAUGGGUUGGAGUCCUACAGGACAUGUAUGGACCGAACCAUGCAAUAGACUUGCAUUCAGAAGAAGAGGCCAAACAUGAAGUUAUGAGAAUACUUUUUCCACUUGUAUUCUAUGGCUUCACAAACUCCUACGUCAAAAGAAACAUUAGAUCUUUAAACAGCCCAACUUUUCUGUGGGCUGCAGCUAAAUGUAUUCAACACUUUUUGCUUGUUACCACCUUGCAUACCCCACUUCAAAGUUUAACUGCUGAGCAGUGGCCUCUUCUGAACCUUUUAGAGACGCGUAUUAAGAGUGUUGGUGUAUCACAACUUAUUGAUCUAUCAAAGAGGACAACACAAACUGGGCUGUAUGUCCUCCAUCGCCUGCUUGACCAUGGGGUGGCUACAAAACUUGUUGUACAUGUGCAGUGUCCCAUCGUGUUAGCCUGGCUCCUCCAUGGAAGGGGAUCUCAGUAUGUAAACAUGGAGCUGAAGAAACUAAUGCAUAGCAGAGAGGCAAGCUGUAUUUCCCCAGCCACUACAGACAAUACAGAUCGGGCCAGUUGCAGUCCAAGUCUUGAGACAAGGGCAGCAGAUGAUCAUGGUGACCAGGUUAUUCCAUGCAAACGCUCAAAGUUGGACUCACUGUCGGUGGAGGAGGACACAUCUGGAAAGGAAAACUUUAUUGUGGACCCACAACUUCUCUGUCAAACCUUCACGCCAUGUGAUGACCUACCAGGAGGAGCUUGUCCGUGGGGACAGAUCAACUGUCUAGAGAUCACACAAUGUGGACCUGACUGUCUCGAAGUCCUGUGCUCUGCCCUGCCCACAUUUUUCUGCCUUCGCUCUCUAAAUCUUCAUACUUUGACCUUCAGGUACUCAGAUGUGUUGGGCCUGGCCAGAGCCCUGAAGCAGCUGUCGGACAGCUCCUGCAGCUCCCUCACUGAUCUUUGCAUCAGCAUUCUACCAAACACCAAUCUCCUGGAGAUCCUGUUGGAUGCAAGCCCCACUGUGACAUCUCUGCAUGUGGAGAUCCAUUCUGUGACGUUAGAACCACGUUUCUUACCACUUCAUCACAGGACUGCUGACUCAGACAAGCCAGUAUUGCUCCUUGAGAAGCUGAAAGUCGUAGCUGAGGUCCAGACAGAUCUGCGCUUCUUGACAUCUGUGCUGAGAUGCUCUCCACAUCUCACCUCACUUCAUGUGGCUGGGAUACGGUUACCCAGCGGCUCCACUCAAAGCAAGCUCCUCACCACCCUCUCCGGUAGUGUAUCAUGUCAGUUGUCAAAUCCCUGUUUGAAGAUGCUCAACUUGGAGGACAUGAAGCUGUGUGACUGUCUCCCUGAUGUUCUACAUCUACUGGAACACUGCAAGUUAGAAGAGCUGCAUUUAAAUGACUGCCGCCUUCUCGAGAAGUGUACUGACAAAGAACAGAGACUGCAGCAGCUGGUGGCUGCUCUAAAGACGGUGGCUUCUCUCCACACACUAAGCCUGGCUCAGAAUCGGCUAGCCAAGAACGUGUGUGUGCUGGUAGAGCUGUUCUCAGGAUCCUCAGCAAGCUCCGUGAAACGACUCGACAUCAGCUCCAACUUCAUCCAGCCUGCCGAGCUGCUGGAGUUUGCUAAGAGAUUGCGGACACAUCGCCCACCACACCAGCUGACCCUUGACCUCAGGAGAAACCCAGGGGAUCGAGAUCCUGACACGUGGAAUGCUGCACUGAAGAGGCUUCGUCCCUUCAGUGUUUUGCUGGUUGAAGGAUGGAAAUCCACUGACACAAUGGUGGACCACGUUAGCAAUAUGUGAACAGAGUUUGGGAAGAACCCCAGUAUCCAAAGGCAGCUGUUAAAAGAUACUGUUUUAUUUAAAGUUUUUUUUUUUUUUUUCUUCUUAUUGUUUCAGAAGAGUGACUGCUCAGUUUAGUGCAGUUACAGAUUCCAAUGUCAAGUUUUCAUUGUGUAGGAAAACUGUCAAACUAAAAACCCACCUGCAGCAUCGGUCACUUUUUUCCUAUGUGGCUGACCGUCUGUGAGUUUAUGCAACUCCGCUGAGCAUACGGACGCGCAGCAGAGAAAUGGUUUUAGAAGUUCAAAGGAGUGUUGGUAGUUCUGCUUUAUCAUUAGUUGUGACACAUUAAAUUCUUUGUGUGUGCGAGGGCACAGGAAAAUAAAAGAGCAUCCAAUGUUAGUUUGACAUUUGAGUAAUUUAUUAAACCAACGUCUGUUACA